AUGGCGACGAUUGCGGGGCAGGGAAAUUCUGCCAGUCCAGGUGUUGAGCAGGUCAUCGCAACCGAGGGCAAGGCCACCAACAAACCUAAGCCGCCGGUCCGAUUGUCGCUCCCGCCGGGUCCUCGAAUUCCUUACGACUUCUACGACGCCUGGUCUCCUCCGGCAAUUCCCAAGUCGCCGAGCAACGAUUCUGGAAACGGCAACGGACGCUUUAACAAUCUCCGUGAUUCCCCGCCCCUCGUUCUCGAACGUAAGGAACGCGACAGAGGCAUCCCGUCGGGUUCCAGCUUGACUCCCUUCUCGAAAGCUAAACAGGAGAUUGACGUAGAGGAAGUUAUCCGAGAGGUAAUCGAUCGUCUCGAAGCCCUCGUCAAGAUGGCUUCCCCACAGCUCAUUUUCGUGGACGGCACGUUUGCCGACCUGGCACAGGAGAUGGCCGGCUACCUCCACGUUGAUGAGGAGGUUAAGAAACAUCUAUCCCAGGAGCAAAACGAAGAGGCUCUUCAACUCCUUGUCCAGGCGUCGCAGUCCCUCAAUGGGGUCCCGGAGAAGGAGUUCACGGGCGCCUACAACCUCCUCAUCCACCUGGUUCUUCAGUCAAACGAUCCCAAGAAGUAUCUACCUACCGUCUGUGUCAACCUUCAGAAGCCCAUCACAUCGUCGCCGACACAUGGUUUCACGCUCGCCGCCAACGCCUUGAGCACCAUAUUCAAUCUUCUUCCGCAAAACAACCCGCUCCGUUUCAACGUGUUACUCCAGAUCACUCGGUUCAUUCGGCAGCACGGCCAAUUCGAACUCCUCAAGCCGAGGCUACACAAUCUGGAGGGUUGGUUCAAGGUUUGGGAGACAAAUGAGGAUGACCAGCGGAGGCUCUAUGUUGAAGUUUCGGACGCGGCGGCUGACGCUGGCUAUGAGGAGGAGUCCUAUCACUACCUUAUCAAGGCCCUUGGCACCUUCGACCGUGACGAGCAAGAAGAGGUGACCUCUGAAGAGGCCCAAAAGCUCUCUCUUAAGGCUCUUCGCCUUGCUAUCUCUCACCCCACACGAUUCGACUUCCAGGACCUGCGGGUGCUGCCCAGCGUGCAGGCGCUCAGCGACUCGCACCCAGUAUACUCGCAGCUGCUCGACAUUUUUACGGAGCAGGACCUCGAGGACUACAACGAUUUUAAGGACGAACACCAGGGUUGGAUCGAGAAGGAGAACCUUGACAACGACAAGUUGCAACGCAAGAUGCGCUUACUUACCUUCGCCUCCCUGGCCGCUAGCACCCCCAACCGCGAGAUCCCGUACGCCAACAUUGUCAAGGCGCUUCAGGUUCCCCUGGAGGAGGUUGAGCUGUGGUCGAUCGACGUUGUGCGCGCCAAGCUGGUCGAGGGCCGCCUGUCACAGCAGCAAAAGGUUUUCCUGGUGCACCGCACUACCUACCGUGUUUUCGGCGAGAAGCAGUGGCGCGAGCUGGCCACCCGUGUCGGCCAGUACAAGUCGACCGUCGACCAGCUCCUCCAGGUCCUCCGCAAAGCCCAGUCCGACGUCGACAGCCAGCGCGAGCGCGAGCAGCUCGAGCUCGAGCGUAAGCUAGCCAACGCCAACAUCGGUGGCCACCAGGGAGGUGGCGGCGGCGACCGCCGCCAGCCGCGCAAGCCGCGCACCGAUGAGGACGAUUGA